AUGCUCUCCUCAAUCCCCUCGUUCUCCUUUACAGGCCUAGCCCUAUCCCUUCUCCUCGCCAACAUAGCAACCAGCACAACCACCAACCAAAACGAGCCCCAACUCUUCUCCAACAUCUCCCUAAUCAACAAAGACGAUGUAUUCUCCGUCUUCAACGAAAACCCAAGUCUAAAUGCCCGCGCCCUAGAAUGCGGCAUCGGGUACAGCCAAUGCGCAUACGACACGAGCCGCUGCUGUCCGCUCGGCGGGAAGUGCUGCGGGAACGGGUACUGCGCGACGAUAGGCCAGACGUGCUGCACCGGCGGCGGGACGUGUCCGAUUGGGUACAAGUGCUGUGAAGGGAACACGGGGUGCGCACCGCUAGGCGGGGAGUGCUGUUCCGGGGGUUACUACUGUCCCGCCGGGAAGCAGUGUCGUGUCUAUGAUGGGGAAAAGGUUUGUUGUCCGUACACUGGUUGUGUUGGGGAGUAUAAUGGGAUUGGGUCUGGGGCGACGCUUACAGCGGAUGUUACGUCCACGGCGACGGAGACGGCAACUACGACUUAUGUUAAGGUUGAUUUUGAGUAUUAUUAUACUACUAUCUACUGGACUUACUGGUACUACUACUGGACUUCUUAUUACCCCUACACCGUUCAGACGGUUACUUCUACAACCACGAGUACCCGCACUAUAUGGUCUGCUUAUGCGACAAACCGCGCCGAGGCGACGUCUUCGUUCAUGAGCAAGUCGUCUAGUUACUCGUUCUCGGCUCCUUACUCGGCGACUUCUCUUAAGAGCUCCACAGACCCUGUCACAUUGUCGACCGGUGCCGCUGCUCCGUCUGCUACUGGAUCUGAUUCAACAAAUUUGGUUUCAGCUGGCCCAAACAUUGGAGCGAGUUCCGCGGAUAGUGUGAGCAUUAGUGGGACUGGCAUCCUGGCUGCUGUCUUGGUUGCUGCAAUUGGUGGAUUGGCCUUUGGGCUGUGA